AGCGGGCUUCCACCGUUUCCACAAAAAGAAAGGGAGAUGCUAACUUCAUGACAGAAGUUACUCAGAUGAGAUCAGCUCUACGGGAAGAAGGAAAACGGAGGGAAAUAAGAAAAGAAUGUAAUGAAAGAGAUACAUUACAGAAAGAAACAGUAAAAAAAUUAAAAAACAAAAACCACAGAGGGCCACGGUAGAUCCCGUAAACAGACAUGAAUAAUCGCUCUAUCGCCUGGUGGCUGCGUCAGAUCAGCCUGCCUCAGUACACCAAGAUACUAGAAAGUGAAUUUUAUGGUUUGGAGGGUUUGCUGAAUGUAACAGAUGGAGAGCUAAAGGAUGUAGGGAUAGAGGAUGCAGCACACAGACAAACCAUCCUCACUCAGCUUUCAAGACAUCGACAGAGGCUGGACCCACACUCCGCUUCAGCUUUAACAAACAGCUUUGAAUAUGGUGAGCAGGUUGUGAAACGCAGAGUGAGACGAAAGCAUUCCCUGGGAUCAUCCAUGGAUGUGGAGAAGCCAAAGGAUCUCUUUCGUCACAGUAUUCUUCCCCGCCUCCAGCGCGCUGACAAAAAGCACCGCCUCUCUGCCUCCUGCACGCAGCUCCGCCCCCUGAAUGAGGACAACGCUGUUAACCAGGAAAGCAAACACAGCAGGAGGAAGAGUAUCAGUGCAUACUUCAGCCACCUGAAGGUGUUUGGUGGUCGGAAAGACAUGGACUCAAUGAAGAAAGAGCUGGAAGAGGAGCUGAAGCUCGGCACUGAAGAUCCGAGGAGCCAUGCGUGGUACCAUGGACCGCUCAGCCGUGAGGCUGCAGAGUCUCUUUUUGAGAGGGAUGGCGACUUCCUCGUCCGUGACUCCAGUUCUGCACCUGGUGACUAUGUUUUGAGCUGCUUUUGGAAGGACGGUCCCUUGCACUUCAAGAUAAUACGAGUUGUACUUCGUCCCAAAAAGGGAUACUCUCGGGAGCUGUUCCAGUUUGAGGAAGAUCGCUUUGACAACGUUCCCGCUCUGAUCCGAUUCUAUGUGGGCGGACGUCGCCCCAUCUCCGCGGCUUCGGGUGCUAUUAUCUUUCAUCCAAUCAACCGGACCCUCCCUUUGCGUGUCAUCACUGAACGGGAUGCAGAGCUCAAAAGUAGCAGCAGCAGGCCGGGGACCGGAGAAAACCACAAGGAGCACAGCAAGAGACGGAGCUUCAGCUCCGCACACAACGACACACUGCAGAUCAUCAAUCCACUGUUAAGGAGUGGAAGUCAGCCGGCAAACUUGGAGAAUGUUGGGCGGAGGCCUUCACUUCAGUCUGCACAAUCUGAUAGCAACCUAAGAACAGGCGUUCCGCAGAGCACUCAGCUGGACGACACGGGCCCCGAGCCCAUCUCCCCAGUGUUUCGUACCGGCAGUGAACCCCUGCUAAGCCCUCGACCACGUCACACACGGCCCUCCCAUCCAGGUGGUGGUGUAACUUUGCGAGGCUCAGAUGGGCAGCUACACCCCAGAGCUCCUCCUAAACCUCUCAGAGUCUCUGCCAUUUUCCCCAACUCUGUUCUUCCCCCACCCAGAGAUCGGGCUGUAGACCCUUCCUCCUUCUAUGAUGAAUUGGUUGUACAGGUGCCACAGUCGAGGCGGAAGGGUCAUGUGGACCGACUGCGGGCAGAGGAGAAGUGGCAGAGCCGCGCACGCCUCACAGAGACUUCCUUUGGGUUGUUGGAGGAUCAGGAGAACGUAGAACCAUCACAGCUGCCGCCUGACAAAGAGCUUCAGAGGAAGGCAGCAGAGGAAGCGGAGGACUGGAAUUUUGAAAGGCCACAUAUGGAGACAGAAUCCUGUUUCCAGUUGGACCAGUUUGAUUCGCUGCUGUUGCCGGAGAACAAUCGACCUUUGGAGCCCAGCGUCCUGCUCGUGGUCAAGGAGCUCUUCAACCGUUCGGAUGCCAACACCACGGCUUUGCACAUGCUCAGUGUUGACUGCCAGGUGGCACGUAUCGUUGGGGUGACUGAUGAGCUGAGGAGGGUUAUGGGAGUAGAUUCUGGGCUGGAACUCAUCACUCUGCCACAUGGACAUCAGCUACGACAGGAUUUGUUACAGAGGCAUCAUGUAAUAUCACUGGGAGUUGCUGUAGACAUCCUGGGCUGCACAGGGACUGUGAACCAGAGAGCAACUGUUUUACACAAAGUAAUCUUGUUGGCUCAAGCCCUGAAAGAUCACGUCCACAACCUUUACUCCUUCUCGGCUGUGAUGAAAGCUCUGGAGAUGCCUCAGAUACAGCGCCUGGAAAUGACAUGGCGAGCACUGAGGAGGAGCCAUACAGAGAGUGCAGUUUUAUUUGAGAAGAAGCUCAAACCCUUCAUGAGGUUGCUGAAUGAGGGAGAUGAUUCUGUUGUCCAGGGAAGUGUCGCCGUGCCGCAUCUUAUUCCUCUGCUGAUGCUGAUGGAAGGUGAGGACCCGGUGGAGGACAGCGAGAAGGGCUGUCAGCUGCUCUACGACGUCCUCCAGGCAGCUCGCAGUGCUGCCUUGCGCGCCCAAGAUUAUAAGCAGCAUGCACACUCUUUGCUCAUAGCAGGCUGGCAGCCAGUUCCUGAGCUACUGGAGGCUUUCCGGACAGAGUUUGCCCUGCGGCUACUUUGGGGUCAGCAGGGGGCACUCGUGGACAGAAAGGAGCGAUACGAGAAGUUUGACAAGAUUCUGUGUGUGCUCUCAGAUAAAUUGGAGCCGGUGGAGCUCACGCCACAGCAAGCAGACCCUUUAUCCUGAGCCUGUUUUCCAGGUGGAAACUGACAUUAGCACUUUCCUCUCUUCAGGAAAAUAUAAAGCAAAGACAAGUGUUUCAGCUGAGCCUCUGCAUAUUUAGCGAAGAAAGAGAUCUCAGUCAUGAGCUCAAACAGAUGGAGGUAAAGUACAUUUGUCCUUAUUGAAAUACUGUACCGUAUGUUGAGCGUGUCAAGGAUCAGUGUAACUUAUAAAGACUAUUUUUAACUGGAAUGGGUGGACAAACCUUUACUGUGAAAAGGCUUUGGAUUCAUUUUCCUUUUACAGGAAAUUUGAAACUGUUUACAAAUCAUUUGUAAAGAUCACUGUUUGUUCAAUCCAAACCACUUUUUUUUAUACUUGAGAUUUCAACAGACCAUCAUGUACAUCAUUCACACUUGGCUUUAAGUCUAAGAAAGAGACCCGUUUGGAAAUGUGUUUUUAUUUCCGUUUUUGCAAUACAUUAAAAAAAAAGAAGUACUUUUGUCAA